UGUCAAGAUGAAGAUGGAAAUUUGAACACAUGCCAAGCUUUUCAUUGUCUUCCCAACAGAUACAAUUAAAGCAUACAACCUUUUUCAUUGCACUUAACAAAAAGGUUAAAAGCUUCGGUCUUUCGUUUCAACACACAAGAAAAAGAUCAACUUUUUUUUCUUUUUUAUCAAGAAAGUUCUUGUACAUCAUGAAAUGAUAAGCUCUCCAUUUCUGUAAUUCUCUUUCUCCUCUUCUUUCUUCUUUAUCUUUUAUACUUUCAAUCAGCAAAAGCCAUCUGAAAUCACUAACAGAGAUGACUGAUACUCCACGUAAAUCACAACAAACACCGCCGCCGCCGCCGCCGCAGCCACAGCUAAAGCAACAACAGAUACGACUCUGUGAUAACUGCAACGACAAAACGGCUCUUUUAUAUUGCAGAGCAGACUCAGCCAAGCUUUGUUUCUCAUGUGACCUACAAGUCCACUCAACAAAUCUGCUUUUCUCCAAGCACUCUCGCUCGCUUCUCUGUGAUGCCUGUGACUCUUCCCCUGCUUCAAUUUUCUGCGAAACAGAGCAAUCUGUUUUCUGCUCCAACUGUGACUGGGAAUAUCACCGCCAGAGCAGCUUAUAUGUCUCCUAUGUUCAUAAUCGUAGACCAAUUGAGUUUUUCACUGGAUGCCCAUCAGCGAACGAGCUGUCCACAAUAUUGGGGUUCGAUGAUUUGGAUAAUAAAGCUCUGUUUUUGAGAGACGAUCACAGUAAUGAUAGUAAUACCAAUUAUUUUGAUGGAGAUGGGUUAUCAGAUUUAUUAAUUUGGGAACAACCUGAGUUUGUAAGUAUAGAUGACCUGAUUGUUGGGAGUGACUCGGCUCAUAAUUUUCAGGCUCUGGAUGUACCUCCUCUGCUCAAGAAUCGAAAUGCUGCUUGUGGGAAACAUAAGUAUGAAAUGCUUUGCCAGCUUCGUCAACUCGGCCAGUUGAAAUAUGAAAGUACUGAUGCUAAACCCAUUAAUAGGUUCAAAUCAUCUGUGCCUGACCAAAACUCGCCUCCAGGAAAUAUUUGUACUGGAGAGCCAGUCUCUUAUCCUGCCUACCAGGGCACUGCACUUCAGUGGUUUAAUGACCGUUCAGUGGUAUCAAGAAACCAUUUUGAUGAAGUUUCUGUUGUUCCAGACAAACUUUCAGAUAUUGAUGGCCGUUUAAGGGUUGUAAGUGAUGGAGAUGAAGGGGGAUCUCGAUAUCCAAUUUCUACUGAAACAUUAUCAGUGUUGUCUAAAGCUGGUCUACAUGAGAUAAACAGUCAAGAAAGAGAUUCAGCUCUCUCUCGGUACAAGGAGAAAAAGAAAACACGCAGGUAUGAUAAACAAAUCAGAUAUGAAUCGAGGAAGGUUCGGGCUGAAAGCAGGACAAGAAUUAAAGGACGCUUUGCAAAGAUUGACCAUUGAUACACUUGAAACCACGAACUGCCUGCAUGUAAUUACCCUGACAACCAGUUUUAUUUGAAGUUAUGUAAAUGAUACAGGUUGCUUAUGUACACAAUUUGUGAGCACAAUUUAGUUAAGUAAUUAGUUGAAUUACGAUUUCACGCACACACGCAACGGAAAAUAAAACAAACAUAAAAGUAAAGGGGACAGUUUGUUUUCUA